AUGCCGGACGUUGAAGUAGAUCGUGAAUCGGAACAGUUUCGAAAACUGUUUAUCGGCGGUUUGAGUCAUGAAACGACGGUGAACGAACUGCGAGCGUAUUACGAACAGUGGGGAGAAGUCGUCGACUGUGUCGUCAUGAAAGAUCCGGAAACCGGACAGUCAAGAGGUUUUGGUUUUGUUACGUACAAGAGCGCCCACAUGGUUGACGAUGCUCAGAGAGAAAGGCCCCACAAAAUUGACAAAAAAGAGGUUGAGUCGAAAAGAGCCAUGCCAAGAGAGGAUGCAGGUAGACCAGAGGCACACCUAACCAUCAAAAGGGUGUACAUUAGUGGAGUAAAGGAAGAAAUAGAAGAGGAUGAUCUGAGGGAUUAUUUCUCACAAUUUGGAAACAUCGAGGAGAUUGAUGUGAUCACAGAUAAAGAAACAAAGAAAAAGAGAGGCUUUGCAUUCAUAACAUUUGAUGAUUAUGACUGUGUUGAUAAAGUCGUCUUGAUAAAGCAUCACAAAAUAAAGAAUUUUCGGUGUGAUGCCAAGAAGGCGAUAUCAAAAGAAGAGAUGAAUAAUAUCAGAGGUAAAGGAAGAUUUGGAGGAGGCGGGGGUGGCAGUGGAGGAGGUGGUGGUGGUGGAAGAUUUGGUAGGGAUAUGGGACCAUACAGCAGGAGAGGGGGCCCACGUGACAGAUACGACGAUUAUGGAGGACGCAGCGGAGGUCGAGGCGGGGGCUAUGGUGGUCGAGAUCGAAAUGACCGAUAUGGUGGUCGUGACGGCGGUGGUGGCAGACGGGAUGACUAUGGAAGGAAUUCUGACUACGGGAGAAGGGGCUAUGAUGAUAGGAGAGGAGGAGGUGGAGGGGGUUGGAAUGAUAGCUAUGAUGAUGGGCCAGGAAACAGAGGAUGGGGAGGAGGAGGAGGAGGCGGGUUUGGAUCAAAUUAUGGGAACAGUCAAGGUGGCGGUCCAAUGAGAGGUGGUGGUGGUGGUGGGUAUCGAAAUUCUGGUGGACCGUACGGAGGUGGUGGUGGGGGAGGAUACAACAGUGGAGGAGGUGGUGGCUACGGAAAUAAUGGUGGUGGUGGUGGUGGGUAUGGAAACAGUGGCUAUGGUGGUGGUGGUGGUGGGAAUUAUAACAACAAUAAUUUUGGUGCUGGUGGUGGUGGAGGAGGAGGGGGCAAUUACAGACCAGGUGACAACUUUGGUGCUUCAGGUGACGACUACAAUACAUCUAACUACAAUGACCCUGGUGGUAAUUAUGGAGGCUUUGGUGGUGGUAAUCAGAAAGGAUUUGGUGGUGGAGGUGGAUAUGGACAAGGUGGAAAUCAAGGAGGAGGUUAUGGGGGAAAUUCCAACCAAGGUGGAUACUGUGGCAACCCGAGUAACUAUGGUGGCACAGGAGGUGGAACGGGCGGUUCUUCAUCUAAUUUUGGUACACCACAAAGCUUUAGUGGUGGUGGUUAUGGCGGUGCUGGAUUUGGAACUACUCCUGGUGGCGGAAACAGUAGCUUUUCUGGUGGAAACCCAGUUGGCGGUGGUAACACCGGUAGUAACAUUGGCGGUGGUGGUGGGUUCCCUAGUACCCCAACUGGGUUUAACCAACCAAAUUUUGGUGGCCCCUCUCCCGUUGCACCUGUUUCCUCAUCUGGUCCACAAAGUCAAGGAAAAGUUGUUAAUCAGAAUCAGUCGGCCAAUGAGGAAGUUCGAUUGCAUAUAGUUAAGAGAACUAGUUUAAACGUGAAGCCAGAUGAAAUUGAAAGUGUCAGGAUAAAUAGUGGUUCAUGGACAUGA